UAUGUGGAAUUGGUAGACAUUUCCAUUCAACCUCGUUCUCAGCUGCUCAGGCCCCACUGAUAUCCGAAAAUGGCGUGCGAUCUUGGUUGGGUUCAGCUUUGCAUGAUUUGGUAGUAUUCCCUUUUGCUGAUGUGGUUUAAAAAUGACAACAAUAAUUGGAGGAAAGCUCAUGCAAAUAGACAAAUCUGCCUUUAGAAAUGUGGUGAAACACACAGAUACACACAAUCGGAUUAAAGAAACAGAUGAAAUGUGGAAACAAUACGAGAAGGGUAAAAAUGCAGACCGGAGUGACGAUGAUGAUUAUGAUUACCACAGAAGUCGCAAGAUUAAGAAAGAUGAUAAAUUUAGAGGUAGGAUGUACAGUGACGAUGUUAGAGAUAGAAAGCAAAUUGCUGCACCUACAAAAGCUGGAAUUUGGACCAAAAGGCUAAUGGAAUUUGAAGAAAAUGAUCCAGACAGAUGGGGACAUUCAGGAUUCAAAGAGCUUUAUCCAGGAGAUUUUGACAGUGCAGAAGAGCAAGAUGCUAUCAGACCAGAAGAAGAGACCAAUGACAAUGAAAAAGCCAAUGAAGAUGAUGAUGAUAAAGAUGAUAUUGUUGAAAAAUGGAAAAAAGGAAGGUUCAGACCAAGAGUUGAAAACCGUAGACCGAUUGGUGGCAAUUUUCGUGGUAGAGGAAGAAGAGGAGUUGGAAGAGGUAAUUUUGGGGGAAAUUUUCAAAGAAGUAUUUUAGAUGUUAGGCGUCAAGAGGGCAGGCAAAGAAGAGACAGAAGAGAGCGGCCCAGAUCAAAAAGUCAUGAAGCUGAUGAUUCUGGUCGUAAGAGACUUCCUGGACGCUUUGAUAGAAGAAGAAGUCGAAGUGAAAGCCAGGAACAUGCCCUUCUUAAAGAUGGUGAAACUGCUAAUAGACAUGGUAGAAAAGACCCUGUUGAAGAAAGAAGUAAUAGAAGACCUGGUCACGCCGGUCAAGACAAGCCAAUUGCCACAGAGAGGAAAAGAAGGCCUAUUGAAUCAGAGUAUAAAGGAGGUAAAGCAGAUAAGAGAAGCCGUAGCAGAGAGGGUAAGGGAAGGUUUGAAAGUGAUGGAAAGGCUAUAAGCGGUGAAGGGUGCGAAAAGACAGAGAAAAAGCAAGGUGAUACGUCAGCUAAACGACCUAACCAGAGGUGGGAUCAAAUUGAGAAAAGUGAGGGAGAUCUUAUGGGGUUGAAGAGUGAUGCCAGGGAAAAAGAAACAAUAGACAUAAAUAGGGAAGAAAUGAAAACCGAGGCUCAGGAAAAAUCUUUCAGAGGACGAUGGGAUGAAAAUGAGGAUGAUGACGAAGAUGCCGGAAGAAAAUUGCUAGAUACAUCAGAGGGUAGAUAUGUUAGAGAAAGGAAAGAUGGUGAAGAUGAAAACAUGCAGCAGAAAGCAGCGAAGGUUGACAUGUUUGGACGAGAUAUUUCUAAGCGUUAUGAAUAUAUUGAGAAGAAAAAGACCAACAAUCGACCUAGGGAGGCUGUUCAGAAAGAUUAUGAUUCGAAGCGUAAGGGUGCAAAAAAAGAAGAAAUUGCAAUUGUAGAAAAUAGUGAACAUCCUAGUUCCAUGAAUCGGGUUGGAAGUGUGGGGGAAGAUGUAGGUUCUGAAUCCGAUAACGAUAUUCGAAAAGAAAAAGAGAAAUUGAAAAAGAAAAAGAAACACAAGAAAAAGGAGAAGAAGAAAAAGAAACACAAGAAGAGAAAAGAGGAAGACAGUGGUAGUGCUGAUUCUGAUAAAGAACGUGAUCCUGUUGCAGGUGAUACAGCUCAUGACAGUAAACGGACAGAAGCAGCCAUUGCAGAGUUGAAUAGGAUAGAGAAAAUCCAACAAGAACAGGAAUUGGCAAAUCCGGUGGAUGAUCAACAGAAGCCAGGAUUCUCCAUUUCACUGGACGCUGAAGCAGAAAUGCGAGAACGUAUCAAAUUGAAAAUGAAGAACCGCUCAAGGUCUUUGAAGAGUGAGAAUGUUUUGAAUCUGGAAGCGUUUUCGAAGAAUAAUGAAGACUCGAUCCAUUUGAAUGAAUCUGCAAGGGAAGAGAAAAAUGAGCACAUUGUUGGUUACAUGGAAAGAAGCCCUGAGUUGGCUGGCACAAAGAUACUAGAGUUGAAUGCCUCUGAAGGUAGGGUUUAUAGAAAGAAUGACAGAUUGAGUAGGUCGGCUCGAAAAGAAGGAUUAAAUUCAGAUAAUUCUGAAGUGUUGGUCAUAAGUUCAAAUAAAGAGCAUUAUGUGCGUAGUAUCGAAGAUUCUCGAAGGUUGUCGGAUCAUUCAGCUAGUGGGGAAGAAAAUAGUUUGGAAAGGACAUCUCGCUCAAAAGCUCGAGGAGAGAAUGACAGAAAAAACCAAGAGAGUAGCUCGAAAAGAAAAGCGAGAGUUGUAAAAAGGUCAGAUUCAAGGGAAGAGUCAGAGUCCGAAUAUCAUCAAAUAGCGCGACAAAGUAUUGGCAAAAAGAGAGGGAAAAGAGAAGUGAAGGAAGAGAGAAAGCGCAAGAUGGACGAUGAUCAGAACAGCUUUACCUCUGAUGAAGAAACAGAGCAGGUAGCAAGAAGGAAUCGCAGACAGAAAAAGGAAGAAUACGGUAAGGAAAAGGCGCACAGGGACGCAAGCAAUGAUUUUCAUAGUAGUGAUAGAGAGACGCGAAAGAAGAAGGUUGGUAGUUCCCUCGGUCUAACAUCAAAAGGAAAGAAGCACAACUCGGAUUAUUCAUCUUCAGAGUCGAUUGAAGUAAAGGGGAAGAGGAACAGAAAGGGAGAAUUGCGUAAAUAUCAAAACGAUUCUUCAGAGAGCUUUUCAUCAGACGAGGAAGCGCCUAGCAAGCAAGGAGGUAGCUAUACUCGGAGGGGAGGAAAAUCAAGAGAAAAGGAUGAGAGGUCCGUAGCCAAGAAAAAGAGAAGUAAGGGAUUUGAAAGUGAAUCAGAAGAUGAAACAAGGAGAGUUAAAGACAAGGAGAAUUACAGUAGCAGGCGAAGAGGAAGGCAAGACACAAAGAAAGUAUGGAGGGAAAUAACUGCCAGCUCUAGUAAUAACACAGAUGCGGGGAGUGGUAAUGAACAAUCAGACUCGUAUGAAUCUCGAAAAGGGUCAAGUAAGCAAGCAUCAAGAAAGAGGAAUAUCGAAAAACAGUCGCGUGAAGGUUUAAUUCACAGAGAUUAUGACGAUAGAGAAGCCAAAAGGAGUAGUAAAAAGGAGGUAAAAAGACAAAAAGAACACAGCAAAGGGAAAAAGAGACAUUACUCAGAUGGGGACUCAAGUGAUGAUGAAGACAGAGAACAGAAAAAGUACAGAGAUGAAGCGAAGAGUAGGUACCAUAAAGCACCUAAAGAGAAGAUUAGGAGGAAGAGGGAGAGCUCAGCUAGUGGCCUGGAAGAUCUAGAUAAUGAAAUUGAGACGAAAAAGAUAAGUAAGGAAAAGAAUAAGACUAGGAAUCCUAAGAGAGGGGAUGGAGGUAAAUAUGAAAGUGAUAGUGAUUUCGAAAAGGUUAAUGAGCCAAUGAAUGAACAAAAAUUCGAAGCAGAAGCCAAGAACAGCUAUUCAAAAUUUUACGCUGACGAUGGAAGCAAGUCCCUGAAGCGUGGUGGGAGGUGGGAUGUUACACGUGAAUCAAGGGAAGUUGAAGAGCCCAAAAGUGGCGGUCAAGGUAUAGGAUCAGAGGUAGUUGCAGGUAGAGAGACAAGUCGGAAGCUUGCACCCAAAAUACGCCAAGCAAACAUUGAUGAAGACGAUCCGUAUAUCAGCUAUGAUAAGAGCUUGCUUGCAACUAAAAAGGAUUCUAGUGAUGCACUUAGCAGCAGUAUACUUUUACCAUCGUCAAAGGAUGGGUUCAAUAUCAUUAGUCAAAAGGUUAAGAUAAUUAAGAAGGCAAAAGAUUCUGGUAGCUCAAGUGACGUUUCAUUGUAUGGAGACAUUGAUAUAGAAGCAUUAUCAAGAAAAAGAAAACAUGUCAGAAAAUCAGAAGAUAGCACAGCCGUAGUGAAACUGCAAGAUCGCGCUCACAAGCAACGUAAAAGUGUUGAUUCUGAUGAUUCGUCAUCUGAUGAAAAUGCAAAACCCAGCAAAAGGGAAACCAAGGGAAGACAACUUAGGGACAGUGAGGAGCGAGAUUCUCGCUUGCAUAGUACAAGCUAUGAAAGUGGCAAGAGAAGCGCUAAAACACGUGCGAGCAGAGAAAGUUCACCACCAAGAAGAAAAAGUCAUCGUCAUCGUAGUGAUAGUCGUAGUUCUGCAUCCGAGAGGGAAAGCAGUAGAAGGAGGCGCUCGAGAGAUAUGACACGAAAGAAACACAGGCGAAGUCGUUCACCCAAGCAAAGAUCUGCAAGUCAUUCUUCACUCAGUAGCAGUUCUAGUGCUGAACGCUGGAGGCGUGGUAGUAAAUCAAAGAGAAGUGACGCCAGAAAGAAGACAAAGUCUUCAAAGACACGUGACAGGGACUAUAGCAGCUCUUUUGAGAGUAGUACUUCUUCAUCUUCAGGUGCAAAUCGCCCGAAAAAGAGGCGCAAAUAAAGACGAUGUGUUGAAAAUCGAUUCACUGAACAUGGAUUUUUCGUGAAAUUUCCAAAGAGAAAACAAUGCAUAUGCGGAAAAAACGUCACGGGAAUUGUGAAUAAGCACAAUCUUUUUCAUAAAAACCGCUAAGUACUUGAAAUUGCAAUAAGCGACACUAUUUGUGCGGUAUUGAUAGGUUAGCAUAGACACUAGACAUGUUGCUUAGUGUAUGACAAAGGUAGGUGCAUACGAAGGUAACCAGGCAGAUAAAACAGGCAAAGCAAACCCAAUAGAAAGAUUUGUCUUCCAUGCUUGUGUAUAUUCUUUCUUAGUCUAGAACGUAACUUGGUCUUGUUGAGUUCUGCUUUAGAUGAAAAACACGUCAGAUGUCAAGCAUGAAUUUUAAUUGAAUAUUUCAACAAUGCAAGCUUUUAACUGGGUCGUGUGUAAGCAUUAGAAAUCAAGGUUGAAGCAAAAAGCAACUCCGUUAAACCUGUAGUUUGAUUUAGCGCAUAUGAUUUAGACAGUAUUUGGCGUGACUUCCCCCCCCCCCCCCCCCCCCACCUUCAAGUGAGCACAAACAUCUCUGUUGGCACUGGUCAUUUAUUUACUUAUGCAACCCUAAGUAAUGCCAUGUGUUUUGUAAUUAUUUAUCUUAAUAUUUUUUGUAGGCACCUUUGUCACAUAUUGCAACCCCCUAACCUUAAUAAGCUAAUGAAUAAAUUUUCAAAGUGACCUUUUGAAGCAAUGCCUCCCUCCUCCAAGAAAAGCCCUCUUCAUGGCAAGUUUUCUUUCACCACGAUCUACUCUUCGUCUCCAUCUUCCAUUCCCAAUUAAAAGCGUUCAAAUUUAGCCAAAGAGAGUUGAAUCAAUAGCUUUUAUUACGUUUUUGU